AUGCCUCGUUUUGAUGAUGCCGAUUUUGGGGUCGACGCCGCUCCCCCGGCUGGCGCUCGUUCUCCCAGAGACCACCGCAGCGUGGCGGGUUCGCUGCCUAUCCCCGGUGAUGCCAACAACACCGUGGAGGUCCCCGCUACCCGGAGCUCCAUCUCUGAUGCCGCUCAGUUCAUGCACAACCUGAGCCUGUCGCCCUCCACCCGGGACCGUCGUGGUUCCCGCAACUCCUUCGGCACCUCGCUGCCCAUCCCCCGCUCGCCCGCGUCUCCCGACUCUCGUCGGUGGCCCGCGCCGGCGAUCCAGGACAUGUCGCAGGAGAAGGUCGCCGCCGCCAAGAACAUGGCCUUCGCCUUCGACAUUGAUGGUGUGCUGUGCCACGGCCUCGAGCCGAUCGAGGAGGCCAAGGAGACCCUCCGCAUGCUGAACGGUGACAACGAGCUGGGCAUCAAGAUCCCCCACAUCCUCCUGACCAACGGCGGUGGUAAGACCGAGGCCGCCCGUUGCAAGCAGCUCUCCGAGAUCCUCGAGCAGCCCAUCUCCACCGACCAGUUCAUCCAGUCCCACACCCCCAUGCAGGCCCUGUCCGAGUACUACGAGACCGUCCUGGUCUGCGGUGGUGAGGGCCAGGCCAUCCGCGAGGUGGCCGAGAACUACGGGUUCAAGAACGUCAUCCACCCCAAGGACGUCCUCGCGUGGGACCCCACCGUCUCGCCGUGGGGCUUCUUCACCGAGGAGGACCGCCUCGAGGCCAAGCCGCGCGAUUUCACCAAGGUCAAGUUCGACGCCAUCCUGUUCUUCGCCGACUCGCGCGACUACGCCACCGACUUCCAGCUCUGCAUUGACCUCCUGCUAGCCGAUAAUGGCAAGAUGCUGACGCGGUCUGAUAACCCCGACGACCACAUCCCCAUCUACUUCUCCCAGGGCGAUCUGAUCUUCCCCACCAACCACAAGGGCCCCACCCGUCUGACGCUCGGUGGCUUCCGCAUUGCCCUCGAGGCCCAGUACAAGGCUCUGACCGGCCAGGACAUGGAGCGUGUCAUCUACGGCAAGCCCGAGCGCGCCACCUACACCUACGCCGACGAGGUCCUGCGCUCGUGGAUGGAGCAGAUCCACAACGAGAACACCCUGCCCCAGAACAUCUACAUGAUCGGCGACAACCCCAUGUCCGACAUCAUCGGCGGCAACAUGUACGGCUGGAACACCUGUCUGGUGCGCACCGGUGUCUUCCAGGGCGGCGAGAACGACCCGCAGAACCCGGCCAACUUUGGUGUCUUCGACAAUGUCCUCGAUGCCGUCAAGGCCGCCGUCCGCAAGGAGCUGGGCCAGGAGUUCAAGUUCAAGUGGAACCCCAAGGUCAACCCCGUGGUUCACGGUGACGGCCAGUCCGCCAUCGAAUAGGCUCCCACCCCCCCACCAAAAAUCAAAAAGACAAGGGAAAGAAAAAAUAAAUCAAAUCAACCCUGGCGUUUGGUGAUUCCCCAUUUUAUUAUAUCUUUUAUCAUACUGUCUACCGCAGGAUGCUAGACAGAUUCGCACUUGGUUCUGGUAUAUGUGUGUCACGCUUUAUGUCUCUUCUUCUUUAUUUCUUCCUCUUCAUUUUUUUUUUUUUUUUUACAUGUUUAUUUCUUUUGUCGGUCGGGUUCUAGACUGGGU